CAGCAGCUAUGAACUCAUGCGUCUUUGCUUCCAGGCGGUUUUCCUCUUUAAAAGCGAGGUAGGGCCUGUUGAGGAGGGGAAGUGACCUAACUCAUCUGGAGACGCUUUGAACAUUUUUACCAAAUAUGGCCGCGGCGGGGCGUGGGAUCCAUUCUGAGGCAAUGAUGAUGCUGCUGCUGCUGCGCCUUCCAGAGCGCACGGACGGAAACUUCACGCUUACGGCUACAAGAAAGAGCUGGAACCCCGGAUCAACAAACAGGGUCACUGGGUGAGCGGCAGCCUGUCAUCACGAUCCACAGCAGAGAGGUGGGAUAAUAGAUUGUGACACACUCCCACAGAGGGACGCUGCCUGACAAGAACCCAACACAGGAUCAGGUUCAGCACUCGUGGCGAUCUCAGACUCACAAAUUACCUCGUCGUUGCUGACCGACAUCCCAGCAUGCCGCUGACCUGGUUCCCCAGCUCCCAGCUGCUGUGGGCGCGGGUGGCAGCCGUGCUGUUCACCUGCACCGCUUUCAGCGUGGCGGCACACGGCGCUGCGCUGGGCUCGGGAGGCAUGGCGGACUGGUGCAUCUUCUGCUGGGCGUUCAGCUUCGCCUGCUCCCUGCUGGUCCUGCUGGUGGAGCAGUGCAGCCUCCAGCCCAGAAUCCCUGUCUCCUGGUCCAACUUCCCCGUCACGGUCGCCUGCUACGCCUGCCUGCUCUGCCUCUCGGCCUCGAUCAUCUUCCCGGUGUUUUUUCUCAGGAACCGGAACUACUACGGCGAGACUCGGGAUCAUCGCAUUGCCUCCACGGUCUUCUCCUGCCUGGCAACCAUUGCGUACAUAGUAGAGGUGAGCCUGUCCAAGGCGAGGCCAGGAGAGGUGGCGGGUUACAUGGCAACAGCCCCGGGUCUGAUGAAGGUGUGCCAAACCUCUGUGGCCUGCAUCAUCUUCAUCCUGGUGAGCAGCCCCGUGUCUUAUGACCAACACGCGGCCCUGAAGUGGUGCAUGGCGGUGUACUGCAUCUGCUUCAUCCUCUCCAUGGCCGUGGUGGUGCUGUGUGUGGGAGAGUGCACCAGCUGUCUCCCCAUCCCCUUCUCCAAGUUCCUGUCAGCCUACGGCCUCUUGGCCGUCAUCAUGUACCUGACGGCCACCAUCCUCUGGCCGGUGUUCCAGUUCGACAAGAAGUACGGGAGGAGAGGCAAUGACACGAACCUGAUCGCCGUGGCUGUGCUCACCGCUCUCAACUUCCUGUUGUACCUCGCUGAUCUGGCCUACAGCGCCAGGCUGGUGUUUAUCAGCGCCUGAGCAGAGGGGAGACAAAGGACACGUCGGACACAGAUCGGAAAUUCCUGACAGAAGGGACACGACUCUUCAUUCCUAUCCCUUAUUUUAGAUCAUACAAAGAAAGUCUCAAGAACAUAAACGUAUGUGUGAAUAGUAGGUGUGUGUUUGCAUAAUCACAAUGCUGCCUUACAGUAUUUGCUGUUAGAUGUGAAGUUGCUUGUUUGAAGUUGCUGUCUAAAGCAACUAUUACAUGAAUGGGGAAAAAAACAUAGUUUUUUUUUUUUGUUGAAUUCUGCAACAAAAAGAGGGAAAAAGGGUCCACACACUGGAACACAAGGGAAUACCAACAGUAUUUGGAAACUUAUCAUAACCCAACAUGCAGUAUUUACCUGCCAGAUGUUUUACUGCCUUUUUAUAUUUAAAUGUUUGAGAUUCUAUUGCCUGAUUAGAAUAAAUAAAGUGUUAAACUAAGUAA